AUGAAGGCAAAUCGAACAUUUUCUGACUUGGCUGAUAUAAUAGAUAUAGCAAAGAAAUGGGAAAGUUAUGUAGAUAAUCUCCAGGAAUAUCUCAAGCAAAGCCAUGGAUUUGGACUUAUACAGAGUUUCUCCGGGUCCUGUUUAUGUAACUUGAUGGAGAGGAAAAGUUUGAAACAAGACCUUAAAGACCAGCAUAGUGUGACAUGUAAAUUUCUACAGGAGUUCUUUACUAACAACAAUAAUACAGUAAAUUGGGAGAAAAUGUUGGUGUAUUCAAAAGCCUUGGCAAAACUUAUUGCUGAUUAUGGUCAGUGUAUUGUAUUUGACAAGUUUGUACCCUAUCCAUCAGAGAAAGACCUGGUGAAGAACAGCUUAGGAAUGAUACAAAACAGAACAUUUUUGGCUGCUGUUGUAUUCAAUGUGGACAAGAGAACGCCAGACAGACUACCAAAACAUGUCAGUUAUAAAAUCAGAAUGGACACAGACAGAGUGGACAAUACCAAACAGGUGACAGAUAGAUUCUGGACACCUGGCCCUAGAAGCCGACCUGGACCACAGACCAAAUAUCUAACCUAUGGUUUUGCCUACCUACAGGAUAUGAUAGAACAAGCGAUCAUUAAGAUACAGACUGGUAUGAGUAACAACAUAGGACUUGUACUACAACAGUUUCCUUAUCCUUGUUAUAUUGAAGACUCGUUUAUGUAUGGUAUAAGUAAGACGUUACCAUUGUUCCUGGUACUAGCCUGGUUGUUCCCUGUGGCUAUGAUUUGUAAGAAUAUUGUGUAUGAAAAGGAGAUGAGAUUGAAGGAAGUGAUGAAGAUUAUGGGACUUGGUAAUGGAGUACAUUGGUUGGCAUGGUUCAUCAAUGCCUUUUCAAUCAUGUUUCUAACUGUUUGCUUGUUGGUCAUAAUUCUUAAGUUAGGAGGAGUUAUAGAACACACUGAUGCCAGUAUAUUAUUGGUAUUCCUAACAGUAUAUGGUAUUUCAACUAUCAUGCAGUGUUUUCUGAUCACAGUUUUUUUCAACCAAGCUAACCUGUGUGCAUGUUGCGCUAGCUUUAUAUACUUUGCUUUAUACCUGCCAUACCUGUUAGCCAGACAUUGGGAACAUUUGAUGUCACUUGAUCAGAAACUUGCUGUUAGCCUAUCAUCUAAUGUAGCGUUUGGAUUUGGUUGUACCUAUAUAUCAAGGUUUGAAGAACAAGCUGUGGGUAUGCAGUGGAGUAACAUCAAUACAAGUCCAGUCCCUGAUGACCAUUUUAACAUGUACCUGUGUAUUAUGAUGAUGUUAUCAGAUGCCACUAUAUACGGAAUAUUGACCUGGUAUAUUGAGGCUGUAUUCCCAGGUAGUUAUGGAUUACCCAGACCAUGGUAUUUCCCAUUACAGCCAUCAUAUUGGUGUGGUACAUCUGUUUGUAGAUCUAAUGAGGAGGAAGACUCAAAAACCAACAAUAAUAAAGAUGCACCUAAACUAGAGGAAGAACCCCAUGACAGACCAUUAGGUGUAUCCAUAAAGAAUUUGAAGAAACAUUAUCAGAAGGGGAAAAAGAAUGCAGUAGAUGGUUUGAGUGUGAACUUUUAUGAAGGACAAAUAACGUCAUUCCUAGGACAUAAUGGUGCAGGGAAAACAACUACGAUGUCAAUCUUGACUGGAUUGUUUCCACCAUCACAAGGAUCUGCCUUCAUCUAUGGACAGAAUAUUCUCACAGACAUGGACAAAAUCAGGAACAAUCUAGGCAUGUGUCCACAGUUUAAUGUAUUGUUUAAAUUUUUGACUGUAGAGGAGCAUAUCUGGUUCUACACUAGCUUAAAAGGCAAACCAAAUAAACAGGCUCAUGCAGAAUGUGACAGAAUGAUGAGAGAAACAGGUCUUUAUCACAGAGCACAAGAAUUCCCUGAUCAGUUGUCUGGUGGAAUGAAGAGAAAGCUUUCCAUAGCCAUUGCAUUUGUAGGUGAUGCAAAGACAGUGAUUCUAGAUGAACCAACUGCUGGUGUAGAUCCCCAGGCAAGACGAGCUAUCUGGGAACUUCUCAUUAAAUUCAAGAAAAAUAGAACAAUAAUUUUAUCAACACACCAUAUGGAUGAAGCAGACAUUCUUGGUGACAGGAUAGCCAUCAUAUCUCAAGGGAGACUACUCUGUUGUGGGUCCAGUUUAUACCUCAAGUCACAGUAUGGUAAUGGAUACUAUUUGACUAUGGUUAAAGAUGGCAAUCUUGAUUCAGAUUCAUUAGAUAGACAGAGAGUUGGAUUUAAUAGACAGUUAUCAGAUAUACUUGAUGAAGGAUUUUUGGAAACAGUAGAGAAAUCAGAAGGGGAAGCUACUCUUCCUUUACCUGUAAAUGGUCCAAGAAUAAUGAGAGGAUAUUCAAAGAAGAGAAUAACAGCUUUUGUGAAGAAGUAUAUCAGGAGGGCAAAACUUGUAGAAGAUAAUUCUACAGAAGUAAUAUUUCAGCUACCUCCAGAGUCUGCCAGGGAUGGCUACUUUGAGAUGUUAUUUGAAAUGUUAGAAAACUGUCAUGAAGACCUAGGAAUAUCAAGUUAUGGUAUCUCUGAUACUUGCCUAGAGGAGGUGUUCCUGAAAGUGGCAGAGGAAGAUGAUGACCAUACUGAUGAAUUUAAAAGACAAAAGUUAGAGGAAGCUACUGAUGGGGGAAGAAUAGCUAGGCCAGUUACACAACUCAGCUUUAAAAGAAAUAAGAAAAGGUCAUUCUUAAGAAGUAUUUCUGAAGAAAAUAGACUGGGCACUGAUGAAAUUGAAAUAGAUGUACCAACAGAAACCAAUGAGCCAUUUACACAUAAACAAGAUGAGUUAGCCACUGGCUGUUUGUUAUGGUGGAAGCAAGUAUUUGCAAUCUUCCUUAAAAGAUUCCAACAUUUCAAAAGAAGUAAAAAAGGUUUUGUUUGUGAGAUUGUUAUGCCUGCAUUAUUUAUCCUUAUUGCCAUGUUAUUUUCUGAAACGAACCCUCCGUAUUCGGACCCUCCACCAUUAGAGAUUUACCCUUGGCACCUGAUACCAAACAAAGGAGAUCAUCAUCUAUAUAUGUUUUACAGUAAUGACAGACCAGGCAGUCAUGUAGGAGACAAAUCUGAGGAUGUUUUGUUAUCUAAAUAUGGUAUUGGUAACACUUGUCUGAGGGACUAUCAGUCAAAAAGCCUUCCAUGUGACCAGAAUUUGAAUAUUACAGACUUUACAAGACAGACAAUGAAUACAAAUACAGUAGAAUGUUCUUGUUCAUCUGGAGUACAGGAAUGUCCUGCUGAAUUGCCUGAGCCUCCAGAACAGAUGUUGUAUUCCAGUGAUUAUCUGUACAACAUGACAGGAAGAAACAUUAGUGAUUGGCUGGUUAAAACUAAUUCCAGAUACAUGUCUCGAAGAUAUGGAGGUCUAUCCUUUGGUUCAGAGAUACAAGACAGACAUAAUAAUAGUGAACAUGUCUCAUCUGUUUUACAGUCCCUCCUAGAGCUUAAUCUCACUGAUCAUAAACUGGUGUAUCAACAUACACAGAUUUGGUCCAAAGUCAUGGAAUUGAAGAGCCAUUUCAAUACAGAAAAUAUCAACAAGGUUUGGUAUAACAACAAAGGCUGGAUAUCAGUGGUUGCUUACAUGAACUUGAUGAACAAUAUUAUACUCAGGAGUAAUCUCCCUUCAAAUGAGGAUCCUUCAGAAUAUGGAAUCACAGCCUUCACACAUCCUCUGGCUCCAACUAAACAACAGACACAACAACAAGCACAAUUUAACAACAAGGCUGAUAUAGUAGUAGCUAUCUGUAUUAUAUUUGCUAUGUCCUUUAUACCUGCCAGUUUUGUAAUGACUAUGAUAGAGGAGAGAGUGUCAUAUUCCAAACAUCUACAGUUUAUUAGUGGAGUCACACCAUUUGUCUACUGGAUAACAAACUUUGUAUGGGAUUUGAUAAAUUACACCAUUUGUACUUGCUUGUGUUUGUUGAUUUUCCUGGCUUUCAAAAGAGAGGCAUACAUCGGAUUGGAUAAUCUCCCUUGUCUUGUAUCCCUGCUAUUGUUGUAUGGUUAUGCCAUGAUCCCAGUGAUGUACCCAUUCUCCAGAUACUUUAGUGUUCCCAGUACAGCUAUGGUCAUCCUCAAGUCGGUUAAUAUUUUCUUGGGAACAACUUCAACUCUAGCCAUAUUUGUUCUAGAACUUCUGGCAGAAGAAGAUCAGACUUUAAAGGAUAUCAAUGACAAGUUGCAUGAAGCUUUAUUGUUCCUGCCGCAGUUUUGUCUGGGAAGAGGACUUCUGGAUCUAUCUAGGAAUCAGGUGUACAAAGAUGCCUUUAAGAAGUUUGAUACAUCAGGAGCUACUAUGAAGAAUCCAUUGGAAUGGGAAAUGUCAGGAAAGAACUUGUUUUCCAUGGCCGUUAUUGGAACAGCUUUCUUUAUCAUCAACAUCUUGAUAGAGUAUAGAAUAUUUUACAAGAACAGAGAAGUGAAACCUCGACAUGAGGAAACUGAUGACGAAGACGAGGAUGUUGCUAAGGAACGUAUCAGAGUAUUGGCAGGUGGCGCUAGUGAUGAAAUAUUGACCAUACAGAAUCUAACGAAGGUGUACAAGUUAUCAGGCAGUAAAGGAAAGCAUACAGCAGUAGACAGAGUUUGUUUAGGAGUACCACAGGGUCAGUGUUUUGGAUUAUUAGGUGUAAAUGGAGCUGGAAAGACUACCAUGUUUAAAAUGCUGACAGGUGCCCUCAACAUGACAGAAGGAAAUGCUUAUAUAAAAGGAGAAAGUAUAAAAUCUAACAAGUUACAGAGAGAUAUUGGAUAUUGUCCACAGUUUGAUGCUGUUGAUUCUUUACUAACAGGAAGAGAGGUUCUCAAAUUUUAUGCUAGGUUGAGAGGAAUACCAGAAAAAGAUGUCAAAGAGGUAGCUGACUGGGGUAUAAAGAAGCUUGGUUUGGUACAAUAUGCAGACAAACUAUGUGGAUGUUAUUCUGGUGGUAAUAAAAGAAAGUUAUCAACAGCCAUGGCUCUUAUAGCCAACCCAUCUCUGAUAUUUUUGGAUGAACCCACUACAGGAAUGGACCCUAAAGCUAGAAGAUUUUUAUGGACCUGUAUAAAUAACAUUGUAAAAGAAGGCAGAUCUGUAGUUCUUACUUCUCAUAGUAUGGAGGAAUGUGAAGCUCUGUGUGAUAGAUUAUCUAUAAUGGUUAAUGGAAGAUUUAGAUGUCUUGGUAGUACACAACAUCUCAAAAACAGAUUUGGUGAUGGAUAUACUUUACUAUUGAGAAUAUCAGGAGAGGAUCCAGAUCUUACAUCAGUAGAAAACUUCAUAACAAAAACUUUCUCUAGCGCUAUACUGAAGGAAUCUCAUUAUAAUAUGUUACAAUAUCAACUUAAAUCAGAGAUUAAAUUGUCAUAUGUGUUUGGACAGAUAGAGUCUGCUAGACAACUACUAGAUAUAGAAGACUAUUCUGUUUCUCAGACUACACUUGAUCAGGUUUUUAUAAAUUUUGCCAAAAUCCAGACAGAUUUAUAUGAUGAAGAGGUUGAAUCAGAAAAGAAUGGGAAAGAAAAAGAGAUGAUAGAACUUCGAACAGUGAGCAUCAAUAGUGCAGAAGUUAAGACAGGGCCUAAUGGACAUCUUACUCUUAAAAUGCCAGAAAGUACAACAAAAUUGUAAAAUGGAGUCCGUAGCCUAAUGCUGGACUGAAAACCUGGAAAUGCUUAUAUCUGUUAGCCUUGCUUGAUUGAAAACCUGGACAUUUUUAAGCUUUGUAGCUAUGCUGGAUUGAAAGCCUGGUAAUUCUUAUAGCUGUCUAACCUUGCUGGAUAGAAAACCUGAAAAACCUUAUAGCUUGAACUCUAUGAAGUAAUAGAAGUGUAAGAGAACAAUAAAUGUACUGUUGUAGGGAAAGGAAUAUUGUAUAUUCAAAAGGGGCCGUGAAAUGUUUAUGUAUAACUUUUAAAGAAGGAGUCUGAAAUAUUUUAAUCAGGAAAAUUAAACCAGAUGUUUCCCUUUUCUUGGUACUUGAUUUUAAAAUAUUGUGAAUAUCGAUACCAAAUUUCAUGGAUAGCAACAAAUUACCAACUUUAUAAGUAUUCAAUGAAAUAUAUGGUUUUCAAUUUCAUUUAAAAGAUACAUAUUAAAACAGGAAAUAAACUACUAUCAAAAUAAAUACUUUUUUUAAACCACAAAUAUUGCUAUCCAAGAAUACAUUCUUAACAACUGCUUAUUAAUUGAAAUCAUGUGCGCUAGUUUUAUAAGUUUAUAUAGUUUUACAAAGGUUAGUUAUUUUAUUGAGACUAAAUAGAUUUGAUUUUUUAAGUGCUAUAUAUUUUCUUGUAUGACAAAGUUAUACAAGUUUCACUCCUCUGUAUUUACACUAUUAUUUUAUGAAUAUGCAUUUUUAUGAAUAUGCAUUUUUAUGAAAUUUAUAUG